AUGGCGGAGAGGGCCGCCUGGUACGACCCCAGUUGGGCCCAGUGGGCUCGGGAGAUAGAGGAGGAGUAUACGGCUGCUGAGUGGGCUCGUGAGGUGGAGGCAGACCAUGCCAGAAAGCGGAAGGCUUCGAGUAUAGAGGUCGAAGCUGUUCAGCAAAGCAGUGCGAAAGUGCACAAAUCAGAGGCCGAGAUCAAGGAGGAAAAGCAGAUCGAGGAUGAGCGGCUUCAGAUGGCUCUUGCCCGAGCGAUGUUGUAUUCUGCAUCUGCAGGUUUGGCAGCGAGCCAGCCUAAAGCACCGGCACCGGUGCAGCUUCACUUUGUGCAGCCAAGUGCACCGGUACCACCGCCUCCUCCGCUGCCAACAACUCAGGAGCUGCAUGGAUAUGACAUGCGACAUGGUUUUGGCCAGCAGGCUGGCUUUGUCCCGGCAACCACUCAGGAGCAGCCUGGAGAUGACACGGCACGUGGUUUUGAUCUGCAGGGUGGCUUUCAGCAGCCGGCAACCACUCAGGAGCAGCCUGGAUAUGACAUGCACGGUUUUGAUCUGCAGGGUGGCUUUCAGCAGCCAGUGGAGCAGGGCGGGUAUGCCCCCGAGCGGGCUGGCCAGCAAGGGGACCAGGGCGGCUAUGCUGCCAAUGCUGGGCAUGUUGAGCCAGGUGGCUAUGUUGGGCAAGGUGGCGAUGCUCAGCAGACUGGGGCACCGCCCGAGGUGGAGCCGGCACCUGUGCAUGUCAAGGAGGAAGAAGAGCCCAACGGGUGGACGGACAACCAGGGCCGUUACUGGGCGAGAGACACCCACAACCCUCUUCUGUGGUGGAAUCUGGACCCGGUUCAUGGAUGGUCCAGGUGGAAACAACCAGUGGCUGGGUAG